AUGUCUUCGAACACAGCAACACCAUAUAGUUCCAACUAUGAAUGCGUGUCCGACAAUUGCACCCGACUACUUGCCGCUCAAAUGAUCUCAAAUGCCAAAUCUCCUAUCACGAGCACUUCCUACAUACUCGACAAUGCAUGCGGUCUCGGCACCGUCAGCAAGCAAUUCAAACUGUUGCAUCCACACGCUACAAUCCUAGUAACGGACAUAGCUCCAGGAAUGAUCGACGAAAUUCAGCAAACAAUAAAGGCGAAUGGAUGGAGCAACAUGUAUACCGAAAUACUGGAUGUCCGCGAUCUUUCUACUUUGAGAGAUGAGACGUUCACGCAUGUCAUCACCAAUCUGGGGUUGCCUGUGCCUGGUGACCUAGAAUCUAGCACAAAGAUCGUGAACGAGAUUUUUCGAGACUCAAAGAUAGGAGGAGAAGAUCGAGUCUGGUUGACAGCAUUCUACAACGCAGCACGAGCAGUCCGCCCAAAUGAAACACCCGAUUCGUUCAUAGCACUGAAGCCUGAGAUUCCCCAUGCCUCAUGGAUCAUUGAACAGCUUGAAGAGAGAGGCUCCGGCAACAAUGUGGAAAUCAAGACUUGUGUGACGUACACGAUGGCUACGAGCUUGGAUGAAAUGACGGAGAACAUGAUGCUUGCAAGAGAAAUGUUCUUUUCAAGAUUUACGAAGGAAGGAACUGAGAUUGUGGAACCGAGAUUGUGGAACCUAUUCUCAAGGAAGAGUUGCAGAAAGUGA